UCAGCUUUUGGCUCUUGAAAGAAUUAAAUGAACGGAGGUCUUAGCGGUGGAUUAUUGAUGAUAGAAGAAAAAUUCAAUUUCGAGACGGAAAUUCAGCCUGCUCGCCAGAACCCUAAGGGAAAUAAAAUCUGCUACCGCAUCUGUUUCGGAGCCAAAAUCGAAGGGUUUGGAGUCUGAAUUUGGGAAUAAUUCCUUCUCAAAACUCGUACAGGACCUCGAAAACUAAAAGUGUGUUAUUCGUUGUUGUUUACCUAAGAAAAUUUGGUCUAUGGUGCUGCUGUUGGUGAUCUUUCGAUUUCGAUAGCGCGUUCCGAAGUUUAAAACAAUGGAAGUAUUCGCAGUUUGUGAUACAGUGAAGAAGGAUAACUGAUCGUUCCUCUCUCCACUCUCAGUCACCGAACCCUAAUUUCCCGAGGAAAUAAAUGCCAUCACUCCAAUCUCUGUAUUUCUCUUCGGCUAAACCCUUUCACAUAAACCCUAGAACCCCUGCAUUAUGGAGACUCCUCACCACAUCUUGCGCUUACUCUAAUCCCACUCCGGUUGAGAAUGCCGACUCCGAUGACUUCCGGGAACCUUUUUCCGGCCGGCCGGACAAUUUUUCCGGCCGCAAAAUUGAAGACGCGGUGGCGUUGGAUCCCGGAAAAUUGAGAGUCGAUUCAUCGAUUCCGUCUCGGAUUCCAGACCUAGAGCAUCUAAUAAGCAGAAGUUCCACUGCAUCACCAACUCAAGUAAGGCAGAUCCAUGCCCAACUACUCAGAACAGGUCUCUGUCAAUUCCCUUAUUAUAGAACCAAGCUACUCUCUCUCUAUGCCAACCACCGCUGCUUUUCCGAUGCGAAAAACCUUCUGUCGUUCGAACCCGAUAUUAUCUCAUUCACUACCCUUAUUAAUGCAUCUUCCAAGUUUAACGAUUUUGAUAACAUUCUCAGUGUAUUUUCUCGAAUGCUCAAACACGGCCUUUUUCCGGAUGCCCAUGUUUUGCCGAGUGUGAUCAAGGCUUGUGCCGGACUACUGGCUGUUAACAUCGGAAAGCAAGUUCAUGGGUUUUCUUUGGCAUCUGGUAUAUCCUUGGAUUCUUUUGUUCAGUCUUCUUUGGUUCAUUUUUAUGUGAAAUGUGAUGAAUUAGUUGACGCUCACAAGCUGUUUGAUAAUAUGGUUGAGAGAGAUGUUGUUUCUUGGAGCGCAUUGGCUGCUGGUUAUGCAAGGAAAGGGGAUAGAGUUAAUGCGAGAAAAGUUUUCAACGAGGUUAAAAAUCUUGGGUUUCAACCGAAUACUGUGUCUUGGAACGGUAUGAUUGCAGGGUUUAAUCAAAGUGGGUGUUUUCUCGAUGCAGUUUUGAUGUUUCAGCAGAUGCACAAACAUGGUUUUAAAUCAGAUGGGACUAGCAUUUCUAGUGUUCUUCCUGCAAUAGGUGACUUGGGGUAUUUAAGUACAGGCACCCAAGUUCAUGGGUAUGUGAUCAAGAACGGUUUUGCUGUUGACAAGUGUAUUGUAAGUGCACUCAUUGAUAUGUACGGCAAAUGCGGAUGUGCCUUAGAGAUGUCACAAGUGCUUGAAGAUAUGGGUCAAGUGGAAGUUGGGGCUUGCAAUGCACUAAUUACAGGGCUCGCUCGUCAUGGUCUUGUUGACAAGGCGCUGAGGGUGUUUAAAGAACUUCAGGGUCAACAAAUGGAAUUGAAUGUUGUUUCAUGGACUUCGGUUAUAGCGUGUUGCUCACAGCAUGGUAAAGAUAUCGAGGCUUUGGAGCUUUUUAGAGAAAUGCAGUCUGCUGGUGUGAAACCGAACGCUGUCACCAUCCCUUGCUUGCUUCCAGCUUGUGGAAAUAUUGCAGCGCUUAUGCAUGGAAAGGCUGCACACUGCUUCUCUCUUAGAAGGGGCAUUUCAGGCGAUGUUUAUGUAGGCAGUGCACUGAUCGAUAUGUACGCUAAUUGUGGAAAAAUCCAAUUAGCUCGAUGCUGUUUUGACAGGAUGCCUGUUCGUAAUUUGGUUUGCUGGAACGCAAUGUUGGGGGGAUAUGCAAUGCAUGGAAAAGCAAACGAAGCUAUUGAAUUUUUUCUCUUGAUGCAGAGGAGUGGACAGAAACCUGACUCUGUUAGUCUCACUAGUCUCUUAUCUGCAUGUAGCCAAAGUGGGCUUACGGAAGAAGGGCAUCGUUACUUUGACAGAAUGACCACGGAUCAUGGUAUUAAACCUAGAGUGGAGCACUAUGCUUGUGUUGUGAGUCUGCUUGGUCGUGCAGGAAAGCUUGAAGAGGCUUAUUCCAUGAUCGAGAAAAUGCCGUUUGAGCCCGACGCUUGCGUCUGGGGUGCAUUGUUAAGUUCCUGUAGAGUUCACCAUAACAUGAGCUUGGGUGAGGUUGCUGCUCGUAAAUUGUUCGAACUAGAACCAAUGAAUCCCGGAAACUACAUUCUGAUGUCUAAUAUUUAUGCGUCAAAAGGAAGAUAUAAAGAAGUUGAUAAAAUCAGAGAUAUCAUGAGAGACAAGGGACUGAGGAAGAAUCCUGGCUGCAGUUGGAUUGAGGUGAAGAACAAAGUACACAUGCUUUUGGCUGGAGAUAAAUCGCUUCCUCAAAUGGCUCAAAUCAUGGACAAGUUAAAUAGAUUGAGCAUUGAAAUGAAGAAAGCAGGUUACUCGCCGAAUACCGACUAUGUGCUACAAGAUGUAGAGGAACAGGAGAAGGAGCAUAUCUUAUGUGGGCACAGUGAGAAGUUGGCUGUAGUUUUUGGUAUUCUGAAUACGAGUCCAGGGUCUCCUCUGAGAGUCACGAAGAACCUAAGAAUCUGCGGAGAUUGCCAUGCUGUUAUUAAAUUUAUUUCUAGGUUCGAGAGGAGAGAAAUUUUCGUCAGAGACACAAAUCGCUACCAUCACUUCAAAGAUGGUGACUGCUCGUGUGGGGAUUAUUGGUGAUUUGAGUUCUCUCUGGGGUAAAGAAAAACCUCCAGCAAAAAUACUCCCGAUUCUUGGCCUUGGACUUGCGAGUAUCUACUCCGAGGACGAACCCCUUGGGUUUGCUAACUGAUCCGAGCUCGCGCAAAGUAUCUUGGUAUUCCACUAUUAGGAGAUGAUGUGUACGGAGGAAUCAAGAACAUUCAGUCAAGGAACCGUAGUAGUUAUCACGAGCAAUUUCAGCAACUUGUUGCUAGAUUAGAAAGGCCUUGCCUUCAUGCUUUAAGACUCGGAUACGACGUAUUGAUUUUGCUGAGAUCCUGGAUUUGCUUCAGAACAUUGGCACAUUGAAGGCAACAUUUUUCAACAAAUCGCAACUUUUUUUGCCCUUGCUAAUCUGAAUUAAAGUGUAUUAGGAAAAAGUGAUAAGUGCUCAUUGGUCGAUUCGGUAAAGAAAAUGCGAGAGCUAUACCAACAACAGAAAGAAAGAGACUCUCUUGCUAGAGAUUGGAUUGCAACUGCAGCCCCACUACAACAAAAAACAUCUAUUACGACAUAUAGUUAGAGACACUUUUUCACAAGCGUCCCAAAUAAAGGAUAUUGGGACACUUCAUAAAUUGCAUCUAAUUAUUUAACUUAUCGGGGCACUUAUACCUCAAAUUGAAUUUGCGCAAAAAAAAAAAAAAUAUUAUAAAAUAAAUUCUUGUUUAUUAGUUCCAUUUUCUUUCCAUCUCAUUUAAUCUCCCAGCGUUCCCUUCUUAUGCACCGAACGUCUCAUCUCCUUGAAGUCGAGAAUUUCUUGAUUAAACUUAUGAAGUUCGACGGCAACAAUGUCAGGAAUGUUCGAGCGUUGAUGAGUUACGAUGUAAGAGUUUAAUAAAACAAAUUCAGCUAUGGUAGCAAUGACAAUGAAAGGUCCCUUAGGAGAUGUCUCAUGUGCUCUGGCUAGUGUGCAUCAGAUUGCAUAAUCUCUUUAUUACAUCUGAGUAUGGCGAUAAUUUAUUUAACGAAGUGAUCUUAUUACUGAGACUUAUCUUAAGCAACAGGGGAAGGCUGAUUUUUAACAAACCUAUAAUGAAGACUAUUCGGAAGGUGUUGAUUAAGUUGAAUGGUAUCAGGUGAAAAAAAAAGGUAAGAAUAAAUUUCUCGUAUAAUUAUGUUCAAACAAUUGGAAGGCUCUUGGAAUACAUAUUAUUUGGGCCGUUUUACUGGUAGAAAAAAAAAAGGAAUUUCCCCAAUGAUUAUAUUCAGAUAAAUAAGAGAUGGUUGCUUAUGCAAUUGCUUUGAAUGAUGAAUUUUAUUGUUGAUGCAAGCCAUCUAGAAUAUGAUGGGAGCUGAAUCAUACUGUUGAAGUUUAGAGUUGCUAGAGAUUAAAAGUUUAGUUAAUCAAGAUAUUCAAAUUUUACAUUAUAGGACUAUGAUUCCAUAAUGUUGGUUGGUUUGGAAGAUCCUUUGUAGUACUAUGAUUUUUCUAAGUUGAAUAUAUUUGAAAUUUUUGUUAUGAAAAUUGAGAUUAUUGUUA